AGUUUUCCCGUCUCAUCAUGGUUCUACCCUCAGCGCUGAAGAUGUACCGCCUCAACAGACGUAAUACCUUCGGGGGAGCUGUUACUCAGGACACAAUCCCUGAGACAAAAGAGAGGUGCGAUGAUGAAGAGUCGGGCCGUGCAGAAGUAAGUCGCAAGACGAGCGAGACGCUGAGCGCCUGCAGCAGCGGCUACGACAGCAGCAGCGAGUGCAGUAGCAGGAAGACCUCGACCACCUCCAGGAAGAGUUCCUCCUCCUCCAGUAUUAGCGGCUCCUGCUCCAGGAAGACCUCGACUGCAAGCUACGGAGCCCACUCAUCCUGCUCUAGGAAGUCCUCGACAUCGAGCAUCGGCGUUUGCUCGAGGAAGAGUUCGCUUGCCGGCGGCUUCCUGAGCUUCGGGGCUCCGACGGCUGAUGAUCUAGCGGCCGCCAUGAACAGCAUCGCCGCGGCCCAGUCGCUCUCCAGCGCCGAGCAGGCGGCCGCUUCUCAGGAGGAACUGCGGCUCCUCAAGCUCAUGGAAGACGCCAACCGCGCCGAGCAGGCGGCCGCUUCUCAGGAGGAACUGCGGCUCCUCAAGCUCAUGGAAGACGCCAACCGCCCUAAUGCUGACUGGGACUGGCUGACCAGUCCUAAUGCUGACUGGGACUGGCUGACCAGUCCUAAUGCUGACUGGGUCUGGCUCACUAGCCCUAAUGCUGACUGGGACUGGCUGACCAGUCCUAAUGCUGACUGGGACUGGCUGAUCAGCCCUAAUGCUGACUGGAUCUGGCUGAUCAGCCCUAAUGCUGACUGGGUCUGGCUGAUCAGCCCUAAUGCUGAUUGGGUCUGGCUGAUCAGCCCUAAUGCUGACUGGGUCUGGCUGAUCAGCCCUAAUGCUGACUGA